CCUUUGCUACCUUUUUGUUUCCUCUUUGGCUCUUCACUUUUUUUUUUAUCUGCAACUUUAAACAAUAAAAUAAAAAUAUAAAAAGAACUCACUUUCCUGAAUCUUGAGCCAUUUUUUACUUUUAAUUUUCGAACUCCUUAUGAAGCAUGUUUCUGUAGCUAUUUUUAGAACCUCAAGCUUAAAAUGCUCUUCAAUUUCAUGCAAGUUCUCUGGUUCUUUUAGCUGCUAUGCUUCUACCCAAAGCAACCCAGAUUCAGUUUCUUCAUGUUCUUAGAAGUACUUGAGAAUCUGAAGCGCCACAGCAAGGGAACAACUUCCAUAGUUUCUUCAGUGAAUGCAUUUUGACCUGUGGUUUUAACUCUUAUAUACUGACAUAUGCUGCUUCUGAACUGUUACAUGAAUCCUUGUGCUUCCUCUUUGCUUCCUUUCAGGAAAAUAUGAAGGAUGGUAGAGGCUACUUUGAAUUCAAUUGUCAACAUCUUAUACCAUAUGGCAAAAAAACUCUCCAUGAAGUUCUACUCCCCUCAAGUGCAUCCUUUCCUUUUUAUCAUUGUUAUUCUUUGUCCUUUGGUUUUUGCUGACCUAAGUUCUGAUAAGCAAGCCCUUCUUGAUUUUUCCACUGCUGUUCCCCAUCGUCGGAACCUUAAGUGGGAUCCAAACAGUUCAGUUUGUACAUCUUGGGUAGGCAUCACUUGCAAUUCAAAUGGCACUCGUGUGGUUUCUGUUCGGCUCCCCGGAAUCGGACUAGUAGGCACCAUCCCUGCCAACACACUUGGCAAGAUUGACUCACUCAAAAAUAUCAGCCUCCGCUCCAACUUACUCAGUGGAAGUCUACCGGCUGAUAUUACUUCCCUUCCUUCUCUACAAUAUCUAUACCUUCAGCAUAAUAACCUUUCUGGUGAUAUACCUACCUCAUUGUCUUCCCGCCUCAAUGUACUUGAUUUGUCAUACAAUUCCUUCACUGGUGCUAUUCCAAAGACAUUACAAAAUUUAACACAACUAACUAGAUUGAACCUGCAAAACAACUCCCUAUCUGGACAGAUACCAAAUCUCAAUGUCACUAAGCUCAGACACUUGAAUAUAAGCUAUAACCAUUUGAAUGGAUCUAUCCCUGCUGCUCUUAAGAUUUUCCCAAAUUCUUCCUUUGAGGGUAACUCUCUUUGUGGAUUACCUCUAAAGUCAUGUUCUGCAGUUUCUCCUACUCCUCCUCCCUCAUCAACACCUGCUCCAUCAUCGACUCCUGAAAGACAUAGCUCAAAAAAUAAACUGAGUAAGGUAGCUAUCAUUGCAAUUGCUGUUGGUGGAGCUGUGGUAUUGUUUUUUGUAACUCUUGUCAUUGUUCUUUGCUGUUUAAAGAAAAAAGAUGAGGGAAGAAGCCCCAGAGAAACUAAAACCAAGGGUCCUAGUGGUGGGAGGAGUGAGAAGCCAAAAGAGGAGUUUGGUAGUGGGGUGCAAGAACCUGAGAAGAACAAGUUGGUUUUCUUUGAGGGCUGUUCUUAUAAUUUUGAUCUUGAGGAUUUGCUGAGAGCUUCUGCUGAAGUUCUUGGAAAGGGUAGUUAUGGUACUGCAUAUAAGGCUAUUUUGGAGGAGUCAACAACAGUUGUGGUGAAAAGGUUGAAGGAAGUUGUGGUAGGCAAAAGGGAAUUUGAACAGCAGAUGGAGAUAGUAGGAAGGGUUGGCCAGCACCCAAAUGUUGUGCCACUUCGUGCUUAUUAUUAUUCAAAGGAUGAGAAGCUUUUGGUUUAUGACUAUAUCCCAAGUGGCAAUCUAUCUACCCUCUUGCAUGGCAAUAGGGCAAGUGGAAGAACUCCAUUAGAUUGGAACUCCCGAGUAAGAAUCUCUCUUGGAAUUGCCAAAGGAAUUGCUCACAUACAUUCUGUUGGUGGUCCAAAAUUCACCCAUGGCAAUGUCAAAUCCUCAAAUGUCCUCCUCAACCAAGAUAAUGAUGGCUGCAUUUCUGAUUUUGGUCUAACUCCGCUUAUGAAUAUUCCUGCAACCCCUUCUAGAGCCGCAGGUUAUCGUGCUCCUGAGGUUAUUGAAACUCGUAAGCACACUCAUAAAUCAGAUGUGUACAGCUUUGGAGUCCUCCUUCUGGAAAUGCUUACAGGGAAAGCACCACAACAGUCUCCAGGACGCGAUGACAUGGUUGAUCUUCCUAGAUGGGUUCAGUCUGUUGUUAGGGAGGAGUGGACAGCUGAGGUUUUUGAUGUGGAGCUAAUGAGGUACCAAAACAUUGAAGAAGAAAUGGUGCAAAUGUUGCAAAUUGCCAUGGCCUGUGUGGCAAAGGUUCCAGAUAUGAGGCCUAGCAUGGUGGAAGCGGUGAGAAUGAUCGAAGAGAUUCGGCUAUCUGACUCAGAGAACCGGCCAUCUUCCGAAGAGAAUAAAUCCAACAAGGACUCAACUGCUCCAACUCCAUAAUUUAACUCUGCCCUCUUUCUUGUGUUCCAAGAAAAUUGAUCUCUUGCUUAUCCAAGAAGAAACAUUCAGUGGUAUAUAAAGAGUGCAUGAAACAGCUCUCACCGAUGGAAU